AUGAAAUAUAUUUUCAUAACAAUAUUCAUGAUUUUUGGUGAGUCUUCAACAUUUUCUCAAUAAUUUACCAACAUUUUCCCAAAAGUUCCCAUCAAUUCCUCGGUUCCUCCAAAAAACGCUGGUGAAAUACUCGUUGACAAAUAUUUCAAAUUGUUACACAUAACAAAACCCGAAGAAUGUGCUGGACUUAUUGUAAAUCCAACUACAGUUUGUGAUAAAACACAAGCGAAUUCAACUGAAGAAUAUUUGGAUUAUGAACAUGUUUUUAGAUUCAUUCAAAAUUUAAAAAGUGAGGAUGAAGAUAAGAAAGGCAGCUAUCCAAAACCAAAGGUUUUGAGAGUUUGUCAUGGGAAAUUGGCGGGAAAUCAAGUUAAUAAAGGGAUUAUUGAGGUUGAUGUGAAAUUGGGUAACAUUUUGACAACACUUUUUGGUGAGUUGGCAAAAGUGCUGGAAAAGGGUGAAUUCUGUGUAUUUUUUUCGAAUAUUUUUGUUAUAUGUUCAAUAAUUAUUUCAAAAAAUUUGGAUCAGGAAAAUCCUAGAAUAUUUUUAUUAUCAGAAAAAAUGAAACUACAAAAUUUUAAAAUCUUGUUUCGUCAAAUUACAACUCUUUUUCAAAAACAUUCCUGUGAUUUUUUUAAAACAACUUUCAUUUACUAGUUGAUCCAAAUUUUAACCCCCCUAGGAGGCUUUUUCCUAAGCGCGCUUUUUCCAAAAAAAAAAUCAAAACAACUUUUGCAGGUGUCCGAGAAAACAAUUCAUACAAUCUUUUCAAACUCGAUUUCUACAAUAAACCAAAUAUUCGAGAUCAAUGCAUUUUACCACAACUAUAA